ACUGCGCACGAUUAAACGCAUCUGCUACAGUGUAUUCUUUACAGUCGUGUGGAUAGUUACAGUCUGGCACUACGGUUUCAUUUUGGCACAUUCAAUCUGGGUUGAUACAUUUGUUUUAAACAGCUGUAAAAUUGCACAGACAGCCUGCGACUCAGUUUAUUUACUGCACAUUUCGCUUAUUUACAUUAAUACCAGUAACCUGCAGCAAAGAUGAAGACUAAAUUCAUCAAUGGCGUGUCUUCGUCGUCAAUGUCUCUGGGUUUAUUGGUAAAUGAGAAUGUCCUCGAAGUCCAGCCAGAUAGUGGGACCGACUGCAAAGACAUUGUCCGACCGGAUGAGCCCGACCAUCAGACGAAGCAUAAUGCGUAUCAGUGGUGUAAAGAAUUUCUACACGGGGGCUGGAAAUCCAUAAAUGAGGAUGAUUUCCAAAUCUCUGUCAUCAGGGGAGGUCUCAGUAACAAACUGUUCCUCUGUGCUUUGCCAGAGAAGCAACCAAGCCUUGGAGAAGAACCACGGAACGUGCUCCUUCGCCUAUAUGGAGAAAUUCUGCAGAUGUCCUGUAAUAAAGGGGAUUCCAGACAGUCAAACACAGAUCACUUUGAAGGAGCUGAUGCCAUGGUAUUGGAGAGUGUGAUGUUUGCCAUCCUGGCCGAGCGGGAGCUUGGACCAAAGCUAUAUGGCAUCUUUCCGCAGGGGAGACUUGAACAAUUUGUCCCAAGCCGAAAACUGUCCACCGACGAGCUGAGUGUCCCCGGCAUAUGUGCUGAGAUUGCCGAAAAGACUGCCAAAUUUCAUGCAAUGAGAAUGCCUUUCAACAAGGAGCCAAAGUGGCUGUUUGGCACCAUGGAAAAGUACAUGGAUCAAGUGCUUCAGCUCACCUUCACCAGGGAGUCCCAUUUGCGAAAUUUUUCACAUCUUUUGAGCUAUAACUUGCCUCAAGAGAUGGACAAUCUUAAGUGUCUACUUGAAUCUACACCCUCCCCCGUUGUUUUCUGCCACAAUGACUUGCAAGAAGGAAACAUCUUGCUCCUCAGUGGUCGUAAGAAUACAGACAGACAGAGACUCAUGUUGAUUGACUUUGAGUACAGCAGCUACAAUUACAGAGGAUUUGACAUUGGAAAUUUUUUCUGUGAGUGGAUUUAUGACUACACCUUUGACAGGUUUCCAUUUUUCAAGACCAACACCAAAAAUUACCCCACCAAAGCGCAGCAGAUGCAUUUCUUUCAAAGUUAUCUGUUGGAAUCUGACACUGGAUUUGAAACCUUGAGUGAGGAGGACCAGCUGAAACUAAAAGAGGACAUGCUAGUUGAAGUUAACAGGUUUGCAUUGGCCUCCCAUUUCUUCUGGGGAUUGUGGUCCAUGAUCCAGGCCAAAAUAUCAACUAUUGAGUUUGGGUACAUGGAGUAUGCCAUGGCCAGGUUUGAUGCUUACUUUGAGCUGAAGGGGAAGCUCAGGCUUUAAAGGAAAGGUGCAUGAAUUCCCAAUGGACAGAGUGGAGAGAGAACAAUCGCUCAUGUUGACAGGAAAAGAGUGGAGUAAAGUUUGAAUGUGCUUAAAAGAGGAUGCUCUGCCUCUGCAAUGAUUAUACCAUGCUGCAUGGACCAAUGCAUUGAGUGUCCCACGUUCUGCUUCUCAGUGUUUACAAAGUUAACCUUCAUACAUUUAACACACCUGCCUGAGCUUCUGGACAAUUUGAGAAAAACUACAUUACAUAAAGCGAAUAUUAAGGUCAUAAAACUUGGAAAUUAGUAUAGGUGGAGCAGUUAGACAAUAUUUCAUGCAGCUAUACUGAUUCAUAAAGUCACAGGAUGGUGUGGUGAUAUGUUUGUCAUACUAAUCUGUACCUUGUGGUGUUUCUUAUCACCUGGUCAUCUACCUGUUAUCUGUACAACUGGUGAAAAAAGACAUACUGUGAAAGAGUAAGGUUCAACUGCACCUGUUUCCAGAAAAUGGUACAACAGACCAAACGAUGUUGACACUGCGGUUCUAAUGAUUUUCAGUAUUGUUGAAGUUUUCUGUUUCCAUUUCAAUGGGACAUUUUCUUAUUUAUUUUUUUGUUCUUUAUACUGGAUGAUUUACCUCUAUGCCAAGUUCUGCUUUAAAGCUGAGAAGUGGAUCAUGUCUUUUAAUUUCUAUUUCCAUUAGUUCAGUAGAUCCAUGUGAUGUGAAAUGAAAUACCUGUGGGACCAUGCCAUCUGAGAACUCCUUAAGGGAGAGAUGGUAUGAAAUAUCCAAUCUCAAACAGUGGAUAAUUGUAUGGCUUUGACCAUAGUGCUCUCUUUCACCUCCUAUUUGAGGUGCUUCAUGUACAUUUUUUCCAUUUGAAAAGAGAAAUGACUGUCCAGUAAUGUGAAAUUACUCCCAUUGUAUCUGUUUUGAUACAAUAACUCCUAUUAUACAGUAUAUAAUAGUGAUAUAUUUUACACAAUCUAAAGCUUAAUAUCAGUCUAUUCCUAAAAUAAAAUAUUUUUUGUCUUAUGACACUUAGUUUAAUUUGUUUAGCUUUAAACACAGAAUCUAAUGUUUAGGAAUGUUUAUUCUUUUCUUGUUUUAUAAAAUGUUUUACAACUGAACAAUAUUGUUUUUUUUUUUUUUUUGUUUUUUUUAACUCUGUACAACCUAAAUAGCAGUAAAGGUAUUUUUACGGUUUAUUGUUUUGUUUUUUUUCGUUAACCUGUUUUCAUAUGUUUGAAAUGUAGGUAUUUUGUGAUGUCAAAGGCACUUUCUAAAGCAGCUCUGUGAAAAUGUUUAGUAUUUGCAAGUGUAAGUUUUCUAUUAUAUUUCUGCAAUGGAAGAUGUGUUUUUCUUAAUAAGAAAGUGUUCUCUCUACUUACUGAAAUAAUGUUUGAUGGUUCUCUUUGCCAGUUUUACUGUACUACACUUGUGAUUGAAUUAAUUCUGUUUUCACAUAUCACACACAUACUGUAUCUUAAUGUAAAAUCUGAAUAUUUUGAAUAUUUAUUUACCUAACUGGUCUCUAAAAAUUUGUAUCGAUUUUUGGAACAUAAUUGGACAAAAAGGAAAAAUUGGAAGCUGUUUGAAUGUUUUAAGAAAAAUAAAAUUUAAUAUGAUUCCUUUGUGUAUUAAAAUUCAGUUACUCUAGACCAGCCUACUAGCCUUAGUCAUCCAUCUCUGCAUUAGCAUUAAGUAAAUAUACAAUGACCAGAUGUUUUCUACCAAAAGAUGUAGAAAGUGAGACCAUUGUGCAGAAUGGAAUAUCAAUUUAAUGUACUAAUUCAUGCUUUGCACAUUUAUUAUGAAUAAACGUUUGCUAAAUUA